AUGAUUGCUAAGAGUUUCGCCCUCGCGUUAUUUGCAGCCACGGCCGUGGCUGGACCUUGCAGGCCUGGUCAGACAACGACGAGUGGCUCAAUCACUACUGAUUCUGUAUUUGUUACUUCUACUACGGAAGAAGCUUCUGCUACUACUACAAGUGUUUCUGAGCCAGCCGGUGAAGCAAUUAUCUUGCAGAUCAACCGUAUCAGGCGUUUGUCCAAGAGAGACACCACCUUUGUUGGAAACGAUAACCCUUCUGACUGUACCUUUGCCUCUGCUUUCCGUCUUGACAACGGCAAGUUAUUGGAUAACGGCGUGCCGAUUUACUACGCUGGUGGUGAGCGACAGGAGCUAGCUGCCAAUGGCCAACCCCCAGCUGAUGCUAUCACAACCACCUUUUCUGUGAUUGGUGGCAAGCUCGCAUGGGAGAAUGAGGCCUUCGACGAGGCGGGAUUUUGUUACCUUGAGAGUGAUGGAAAGAUCUACAUAACCUUUGGAUCAUCUGUUGGCUGUGAGCCGGUGUCUCUGACAGUGUAUAAAGAGGCACAGUGUCAGAAUGGUCAGAUUGUUGGCCUUGAGACGUCCAGUGCUGCUGCAGAGCCCACUUCUACCGAAGCGAGUACCACUGCAUCUGCCGAUGCUUGCGUGGUAGGCGUCGGUAGCCCGGAUGGUGAACCUCCUCUGACAAGCCGUAUCGCUGAUUGCUCAGCUUUCAACGUCGUGACAGUCAGCCCGCUCCCGGUUACAAUAACUGUUGUAAAACGCGAGCUCGCGGUUCGGAUCCCGACUGGUAAGUACACAGGCCAACCAGUCAUCAACACUCUCGCCCGCCGAGCCGAAGGCGAACCAACAGCCACUACAAUCCUGCCACAUAACGUCCCCGGUUACGCUGGGUACUGCGACUCUCCGGAGGCGUACUACGAGGCAUGUUCAAAGGCUGGUGUCACUGCAUUUACAACCACGCUCUCCACCUCAACUACCACGACAGAAACGACAGUUACCGAUUGUCCAAUGCGAAAGAUGGCGAAGCGAGCUGGUCAGGCUGUGGGAUAUGAGUUUGAGGAUAACUGGGAGGCGUACAACAUGCCAGGAUACAAGCUGUUCUAG